GGCUGCAGGAAAGCAAGUCGUCCCUUCAAACCGAGCCGGCCAGCGAGCUCCUGGAACCUUUCCUUCUGAACUGGGCUGCCAAUGGCAGGGAACUGCUGGCUGCAGACAAACACCCCAGUGCUGCGCCCGUCAGUAACGAAGGGAAAAGCUGCAGCAGCCAUGGGGGAGCAGGCGCUUUGCCCCUGCUUGCACAUCAGGGGGUGGCCCAGAGAUGCAGGCUCAGCUCAGAGACCGGCUCUGGUCCCAGCAGAAGAUAACCUAUCAGCCAAGAGCUGGAGAACGUCAGGAGCAGGAAUCUCUCCAGCCGACCGGGACUGACUCUCCCCGCCGGUUAUAGCAGGAAAGCGAGGAGCCCAACGCAUGCCCACGUGUCCUGCCGAGACUAGAGAAAAGAAUGGAUCCUGCUGGGAUGAAACUGUGGCUGGAGAUUUAUCCUGAUGUCCCUGGAAACCCCGAGAGCGGAGGGGAGCCAGAUAAUGGCCGUAGCUGCAAGCUCAGGAAACGUGCUGCAUGUACAGUCGCAGUCAUCAUUGUACUUGUCAUUCUGAUUGCUGCUGUUGUUGCUCUGACAGUGCUGGUACUUAAAGCGCAGCCCCAGUUCAUGGCCUGGUGCUCAGAUGGCUGGAUCGGAUACCAAGGGAAAUGCUACUAUUUCUCCGAGGCGGAAGAGAACUGGAACCGCAGCCAGAGACACUGCUCUGUGCUCGGUGCUUCCCUGGCUGUGAUUGACAGUGAGCAGGACCUGGCUUUCAUGAUGCGAUACAAAGGUGUCUCUGAGCACUGGAUUGGCCUCCUCAGAGAGCAGGAGGGGCAGCCCUGGAAAUGGGUGAAUGGGUCUGAAUUCAACAGCUCGUUUCCAAUAAGAGGAGGAGGGGACUGCGCGUACCUGAAUGACGGGAGCGUCAGUGCUUCAAGGUGCAUCACCGAGAGAAACUGGAUCUGCAGCAAACCUGACGCGUAUACGGACCAGAAAAGUGCAACACAGGGGAGUCAGAAGCUGAAAAGCCAAAGGCUCACCAGGGGCUACUAG